UUCUCUCAUAAACGCUGUAGUGCUGUAGACAUUUAUUAAAAAUGUCUGCAAAAAUACAAAUUAAUAAACGAGUAAAAGGCCUGCCAAGGGAAGAAUUGGAAAAGUUACCAAAGAGUGAAUUAAUUGACAAAAUUAUACAACUGGAGGCCUACAAUUUCCAACUCAAAAAUAUUUUGAAUAAAAAACUUAGCGCCGAGGAUAAUAAGAAUAAUGAUUUAGUUGAAGAAUUAAAUAAACUCAAUGACCAAUGCACAAUAAGAACUCAUGAAGAGGAUAAGGAUCAACAAACCCUCAGAGACGAUAUGACAAGUCAGUCAGGCAAAAAGGACAAAAAGAGGCAGUUCGAUUUUAGCAAAUGCUUCAAACGCCAUGUUUUAAUGAAAUUUCUUUAUUUCGGAUGGGACUAUCAGGGCUUUGCUUGUCAGGAAGAUUCCAAUGCCACUAUUGAAUAUCAUCUGUUUAGAGCCCUAACCCGAGCUUGCCUUAUAGAAUCUCGCAAUUCUUCCAACUAUCACCGAUGUGGGCGUACUGACAAGGAGGUCAGUGCCUUUUGCCAGGUGAUAUCCAUAGAUCUACGUAGCAAAUUUCCUCCAGAGCAACAAUGGGAUGAAAAUUGUCUUAAAAAGGAAAUAGACUAUUGUGGCCUUUUAAAUCGUAUUUUACCCAAAAAUAUUCAAUGCAUAGCUUGGAUGCCCUUGCGCAGUCCUGUUUACAGUGCCCGUUUUGAUUGUAUUGGCAGGACCUAUCGUUAUUACUUUCCUCACGGUGAUUUGAAUAUUGAGGCUAUGCAAAGGGCUUGUAACCUCCUUCAAACUCAUGGGGAUUUUCGUAAUUUUUGUAAAAUGGAUGUUCAUAAUGGUGUUACCAAUUAUAUGCGAAAUCUUCAAUCGGCCAGUGUACAUGCAUGUCCCAAUGGUAAGGAUGAAUAUAAAAGUGGCUACUCCAUGUAUUUUUUGGAGAUAAAAGCAAACGCUUUUCUUUGGCAUCAAAUUCGUUGCAUAAUGGCUAUUUCGCUAUUAAUCGGUCAAUCCAAAGAAGAUCCUGAGGUGAUAACCGAGUUAUUGGAUGUAGAGAAGAACCCUUGUAAACCCCAAUAUACACCUGCCAUAGGUUUACCUUUAAACCUUUUUCAAUGUGAUUUUCGUGACAAGACUUGUCGUCGUUUGGAUGAGGAGCCAACUAUGGAAAUGGAAGGUAUUAUGAGUGAACCGGCUGAAGCACCAGUAGAGAGCAAUGAGGUCUCUGAUAUUGGUCAUUGGAUAUAUAAUGAAGAAAAUUUACAAAAACUUAUUGAGAACGUGCAAAGCGAAUGGACACAAUUUAGUAUAAAAUCGACCAUGAUUCGUAAUGUUUUACAUAAUUUGGAAAAUUUGCUGGAGAAUGAAUUCAAAACUACCACCGUGCAGUCGCAAGUUUUACUGCUUCAGGAUUGUGUUAAGCCUCGGCAAUAUCAAAAGUUAUUGACGCGUAAGAGAUGUGAGAGUUUGGAAAAUCGCAUUGAGCAUUUUGUAAAAAAACAACGUUUAAUAGUUACUGGAGAGAAAACAGAAGCAGCAGAUCAAUAAAAGCGUUGUACAAAGACGCCCUAUUCAGUUUAUUAUUGAGUGGGGUUUAUAUUAAAACAACAAAACGUAGUCGUUGGUUUAACAUUCAACAUUGUAAUUUAUUAAUUAUACAAUUCAAAUAAAUUUAAAAUCUUAAAAGAGUACAUACAUACAUUUAAUUUAACAAUAAUAAAUUGUUUCAUAUGUUAUCUUUGCAACAGA